UUUACCAAGACUAGGAAGUGAUUCAAACUGGUGCGGAGAGCACCCUCUUCGCCCUCUUCUCUUUGCUUGCACUGGUGGUGGGAAUCAGGUGGGGACCGGCGAUCGGCCGCAGUGAAGAGCCCGCUUUUAACAUUUCAUUUGUCGUUACAAGGUGGCCAAAAUGUGACAUCCAAAUUCGCGCUGCUCUGAGAGUGCGAGUUUUCUCGUGUGUGGUGUGGUAUUAGGUUUCCGUAGGUUUCCUACUGUGCUAUCGUAUCAUUUCUCAUAACAUAUGCUUUGGAGAUUCAGAAGAAUCUAAUACAACAUGUUUGGUUUUGGCAUUUCUGGUAUUAAAGUCAUUGCUGAUGCCUUGAAGCUUUCCGAACGGGUAGUUAUUACAUAUUCACAAUUCCAUAGUGGACGAAUUGAUUAUGCAUGGACCAGAGAAAAGAAUGGAUGUGGAAAAUGGUUGCACUACAAUAAAAAAAUUUAUCCUCCUCAAACUCCUGAUGAAGAACCCAGAUCAGCAUUUGUUUGUCAUGUGAAGAGAAAUAUUAAAUACAGUCCUUGGAAAAUGUGGUAUAUAGCUUGCCUGGUAAGAGGAUUAACUGUUGAAGAAGCUGUAAAACAGCUGACAUUUAUAAAUAAAAAAGGAGCUGGUAUUGCCAAAGACACGAUUUUGGAAGCCCAAGAACUGGCUGUCUCACAACAUAAUGUAGAAUACAAAACAAAUCUUUGGGUUGCUGAAUCAUUUGUUGGCAAAGGCCAUGUUGUAAAGGGAUUUCGUCGACAUGCCCGGGCUCGUUUUGGCAAAGUAGAAUAUUUUCAUUGCCAUUAUUUUGUUCGUCUUGAGGAAGGAACUCCUCCUGAACAUUAUUACUACCAUACACGACCUUUAACUGGUUCUGAAAUGUUAGAUAACUGGUUGCAAGAAAUGAGGAACCGAAGAAUAUUUGGUGGAUUAUAAACAAGAUACAUUUCAUUUUUAUAGCAAAUAUUUUAGAACGCUAUAUUUACUGACUUCUAACGUUUGUUUACAUUCAGUAAUAAAUGUGUUUAUUAAUAGUGUUACGAGUUUCAUUUCUAAAGGUCACAGUUAGCCCUUGGAGAAUACCCUUGGGUUUUACUGAGCCCUGACCUGUGAUUUAGGAUAAUCUUAUGAGUAAACGGAAGUUUCUUGCUGUUUACUGCCUACAACGCCAAAAGAGGUUUAAAGAGUAGAGUUCAAUGAAAAGGAUAUUGCUUUAUUCCUUCCUCUGCUGAGAUUUGUGUUUAUUGUAGAUGUUUGGUAUUCUACAAAUAUGCUUUAGUAUUGUGUUGGUUCAUUAAAAUCUCAUAUGUAACUUUAACACUGUAAGUAUGUAUUGAUCCUUUCGCUCUGUAAUCUAGUUCUAUCUAAGGGCUCUUUGGGUUGUUUUCUCACGCUCAUACUUAGCAAAAGUUAUGCAAUGUUGCAAAAAAUCCAUUUUUUAAUAGAAAGACAAUUUUUGGUUUUCCUUGUAACAAAACUAUCCCCCCCCCCCACCACAUACACACUUUUACUGUUGCAUCUUUUAUCCACGCUAUCACCUAAUCUGAUUAGAGGAUUUUUUUUUCAAAAUAAAUAUUCUUAAUAGAUUUGGCUUAACUUAAGGACCUGCAAAUUUCAAAGCAAUCCUUUAUAUCAAAGAGCCAUAUGAUAACAUAGCUAAUUUUACACAUUAGAAAUUUUCUCAUAAAAGGCUCCAAAUAUUUUCUUUAAAUUUAUUGUUCAAUGUACAGGAAAGGGCACUUACAAAUGUG